UCUCCAGCGGUAUGAAUCUCUCUCUCAAUCUCGCCCCCAAUCCCUCUCUCUCUCUCUCUCUCUAUCUAUCUAUCUACACAUACAUAUCAUACGAGGAAGCUCUGGUUCGACUAAUUCGUCUCAUCCUCGUACAGGAAGACAUAGAACAUUUUGGAGAUGUCGGUUCUCUGGAUGAUAAUAUGGAUUCAUUUCUGUCGCAUGAUGGAGGAGAGGGAAGAGAUCUGUAUGGCACCUUAAAACCAGGUCUUACUAAGCAUAAAACAGAGUCUUCUAAGGGUUUUUCCUUUGGGGAAGUUGGUUGUAUAAGGACAAGGAAUAAAGUUACCUGCUGUCAUUUUUCUUCAGAUGGGAAGUUGCUAGCUAGUGCUGGACAUGACAAGAAGGUUGUCCUCUGGAGUAUGGAUACACUGAAAACAGAAAUCACACCGGAAGAACACCAAUAUUUGAUUACAGAUGUACGUUUUAGGCCAAAUUCGUCUCAGCUAGCAACAGCGUCAUUUGACAAGUCUCUGCGAUUGUAG